AUGGAAAACGCUGCGAAGAAAGAGGUGAAAAAGGAGAAAAAGGAGGAGAAAAAGGAGAAGAAAGAGGAGAAAAAAGAGGAGAAAAAAGCGGAAAAUGGGCAAAAGGAGGGCGAGGCCGCGGGGGAGGGGCCGGCGGAGCCCCCCAAAGAGCCCAAGGAUGAUUUGGACGAUCUGAACCCCCCCGAACCCCGAGAUCCCGACGGGCUCUUCAUCAGCAAACCCCAAAACAUCCUGGUGGAGAGCGGGCAGGACGUGGUGGCCGUGGCGCGCGUGGACGGCGCCCAGCUGGCGGCCAAGCCCAGCAUCAAAUGGUUCAAGGGGAAAUGGCUCGAGCUGGGGGCAAAGAGCGGGAACCGAUUCCAGUUCAGGGAGAGCUGCGAGAAAGAGACAAAGGUGUACACCUUCGAGCUGGCCAUCUCCAAGGUGGUUCCCGGGGACAGGGGCGAUUAUCGCUGCGAGGUCACGGCCAAGGACAAGAAGGACAGCUGCUCCUUCAACAUCGACGUGGAGGCCGGCCGCCCCUCGGGCUCGGACAACGUCCUGCAGGCCUUCAAGAGAACGAAUGACGCCAAGGACGAGUCGGCCGGAGAGCUCGACUUCAGCGGGCUGCUGAAAAAGAGGGAGGAGCAGGCCGAGGAGGUGAAGAAGAAGAAGAAGGACGACGAGGAGGACACGAUCCCGCCCGAGAUCUGGGAGCUGCUCAAGGGCGUCACCAAGAAGAGCGAGUACGAGCGCAUCGCCUUCCAGUACGGCAUCACCGACCUGCGCGGCAUGCUGAAGCGCCUCAAGAAGAUCAAGGUGGAGCCCAAGAAGAGCGAAGCCUUCAUCCGGAAGCUGGACCCCGCCUACCAGGUGGACAAGGGCAACAAGAUCCGGCUGAUGGUGGAGCUCAGCAACCCCGACCUGCCCCUCAAGUGGUACAAGAACGGGCAGCUCAUCAAGCCCAGCAACAAGUACGUGUUUGAGAACGUGGGCCUCAAGCGCAUCCUCACCAUCAACAAGUGCUCGCUGGCCGAUGACGCCGCCUACGAGUGCCGGGUCAACGACGAGAAGAGCUUCACCGAGGUCUUCGUCAAAGAGCCGCCGGUGACCAUCAUGAAGGGCCCUGAGGACCAGCAGGUGGUGGUGGGCGAGCGCGUGGUGCUGGAGGCCGAGGUGUCCGAGGAGGGCGCGCAGGUCAUGUGGACGAAGGACGGCGUGGAGCUGACCCGCGAGGAGACCUUCAAGUACCGCUUCAAGAAGGACGGCAAGAAGCACUUCCUGAUCCUCAACGAGGCCACCAUGGAGGACACCGGGCGCUACCGCAUCCUGACCAACGGCGGCGAGGCCGAGGCCGAGGUCAUCGUGGAAGAAAAGCAGCUGGAGGUGCUGCAGGGCAUCGCGGACCUGACGGUGCAGGCCACCGAGCAGGCCGUGUUCAAGUGCGAGGUGUCGGAUGAGAAGGUCACCGGGCGCUGGUUCAAGAACGGCGUCGAGGUCCGGCCCAGCAAACGCAUCCACAUCUCCCACACCGGCAGGAUCCACAAGCUGGUGAUCGACGACGUGCGCCCCGAGGACGAGGGCGAUUACACCUUCGUGCCCGACGGCUACGCCCUCACGCUGUCGGCCAAGCUCAACUUCCUCGAGAUCAAGGUGGAGUACGUGCCCAAACAAGAGCCCCCCAAGAUCCACCUGGACUGCUCGGGCAAGGACACGGAGAACACCUUGGUGGUGGUGGCGGGAAACAAACUGCGCCUGGACGUGCCCAUCUCAGGGGAACCCCUGCCCACGGUCACCUGGACCAAGGACGGGCAGGAGUUCUCGGCCAAGGAGGGCCGUGUCCGGCUCGAGGACAAGCACGAGCUGAGCAGUUUCGUCAUCGAGAGCGCCGAGCGCGCCGACGAGGGGCGCUACGAGAUCCGGGUGACCAACCCGGCCGGCGAGGACACGGCCGCCAUCAACAUCCGCGUCGUGGAUGUCCCUGACCCGCCCGAGGCCGUUCGCGUCACCCAGGUGGGCGAGGACUGGGCCGUGCUGGUCUGGGAGCCGCCCAAGUUCGAUGGCGGGCAGCCGGUCACAGGUUACCUGGUGGAGAGGAAGAAGAAGGGCUCCCACCGCUGGAUGAAGCUCAAUUUCGAGGUGCUGCCCGCGCUCACCUUCGAGUCCACGCGCAUGAUCGAGGGCGUGCUCUACGAGAUGAGGGUCUUCGCCGUCAACGCCAUCGGGGUCUCGGCCCCCAGCCUCAACACCCCCCCCUUCAUGCCCAUCGCCCCCACCAGCGAGCCCACUCACCUGACGCUGGAGGACGUCACCGACACCACGGCCACGCUCAAGUGGCGCCCGCCCGAGCGCCUGGGGGCCGGGGGCAUCGACGGCUACCUGGUGGAGUGGUGCCGAGAGGGGGACACCAACUGGACCCCCGCCAACACGGAGCUGGUGGAGCGCUGCGGGCUCACGGUGCGCGGUUUGCCCACCGGGGAGAAGCUGCUGUUCCGCGUGGUCGGCGUCAACAUCGCGGGCCGCAGCCCCCCGGCCACCAUGGCCCAGCCCGUCACCAUCCGCGAGAUCGUCGAGCGCCCCAAAAUCCGGCUGCCCCGGCACCUGCGGCAGACGUACGUGAGGAAGGUGGGGGAGCAGGUGAACCUGGUGAUCCCCUUCCAGGGGUACUGGGAAUCGGGGAAGGACCCCGGGGGAGUGAUGGGAGGGACGUGUUGGGGCCGGGGGACUGGGCGUAGGCUAGGUGGCAUCGAGGGCAUGGAGGACACGGCCGAGAUGCGCCUGCGCAUCGUCGAGAAGCCCGGCCCCCCCAAGAACGUGCAGGUGAAGGAGGUUUGGGGGUUCAACGCCCUGGUGGAGUGGGAGCCCCCCGAGGACGACGGCAACGCCGAGAUCACCGGGUACACCAUCAUGAAGGCCGACAAGAGAACCAUG